UAAGAAAAUGGUUUUUAGGCCGUGCACAGGGGCUCAUGCCUGUAAUCCCAGAACUUUGGGAGGCCGAGGUGGGUGAAUUGCUUGAGCUCAGGAGUUUGAGACCAGCCUGGCCAACAUGGUGAAACCCCGUCUCUAUUAAAAAUUCAAAAAUUAGCCGGGCGUGGUGGCAGGUGCCUGUAAUCCCAGCUACUCCAGAGGCUGAGACAGGAGAAUUGCUUCAACCCGGGAGACAAAGGUUGCAGUAAGCCGGGAUCGCACCACUGCACUCCAGCCUGGGCGACACAGUAAGACUCCAUCUCAAUUAAAAAAAAAGAAACAAAAAAGAAAAACAUAAGGACUUUUCACAAAAAUAUGAUUCUUUAGGCAAGAGGUUUAUUUCUCUAAGUGUCAGUUUCUCUGAAAACUUUGAGGAUUGGAUUGGAUAUAAAUUUCCCCAAGCACAAUGUGUGUACCAAUGGUGGGAAACAAGAUCUUUUUAGGGCAAGCAUUUAAAAAAUGUUUUUAAUAGGUAUAUGUUUCUUUGAAUGUUUUCAGAAAAAAUUAUAAGUUACAAUCAAAUCUAUGAUUUCAUCUAUUUAAUUGCUUAGGACAAGGCCAUAUGAGUUCACUUAGAGUUGAUUUUAAAAACAUAUCAAAUAAAUAAUAGUUCAAAUAUGGUUAUCAGAUGACUGAAAUUUGGGGCAGGAUUAGAAGAUGAUCUUUCAGAUUUUGACUAACUUGACUAUUCUGGUCUCAAUGACAAAAGGAAACAAGUUCCCGUAAGUCAUUACAGUGGAACCCAAUGAUAUUAUCCAAGAAACCAAUAUUCCUAGGAUCUUAGUUCUCCUAGAAAUCUUUCUAGCAUGCUGAGCGGGAUGGGUUGGACACAAUCCAAAUCACUGGAAUAUUACAAGUUUAAAAAAUUGUUUUGAGUGGUGUGUGAAAGAGCCCUGCUCUGAGGACUUCUGGAAUGAGUGAGAAGGGAACUUACGGACCUACUGAGGCUUGCUCCUCUGUCAGAUGUGGCAGGAGGGUUGGGGUCUUGGAGUUGUUCAAGUAAUUUCAUCAGUUAGGGGUCAAUCCUGACCCAGGAUCCAGUCCUGCUGGGCCAUACUUUCUUAAAGUGACUAUCCAGUGACACUAGCAAAUGUUACCUCUUCCAGGGAAGAAAUGACAGGAUGUGUUUAUAUUUUCUUUUACAAAGGAUCAUGAGAUUUUAUUUUUACUUUUUUUUGUUAUAGAAGUGGUAUAUGUCUAUGAAGGAAACUCAGAAAACAUAGAUAAGCACACACAAAAAAUUUGUAAUUGCACCAGUAUGAGCAUGUUAAAAUCUUGGUAUAGUUUACUUUUUCCUCUCUCUAUUUUUACUAAAAAAUCAGGAUUACGUUGCACAUACCAAUUUGAACUUGCUUUUCUUUGAUCCAUACAACAAUGUUGUCACAUACUUUUCCCCACAUUAUUAAAUAUUGUUCUACAAUAGUAAGGAAUUCAAUGAUAAAAGAGGUGUAUUGUCUUCCUCCCACCUUAUACAAGUUAUUUUGUGUGGCAGCUUGACUUGUAUUUUAGAAGUAGAGACAAAUUAAGGCAAAAAUAAAUAGAAAUGGCAAAUUAAUUCCACAAGGAGUGUGUUUUCUGAAAGUCCCUGCUGCUAGAAACGGAGUUAGGAUUAUGCCUUCUGGUUUCAAACAUGUCGAUAAUAGCUGUGUGGGCUACUAGAGUGGCGUCAAAGAUGGAUGUCCAACUCCAUAUUGGAGCUGUGGGUAACCUAGUGAGAGCCACAAAUCACCCUUCUAAGAGCCGGUGGUCAGGGAGCACCUUUCCAGUUUAGGGCAUAUACCAGUUGCUCUCCUGAUGGACAUCUGGUCCAUGAUAUUUGACUGUUUUAAGGUGUGGAAUGCUUUUACAAGGUCCAAAACUUCUGUCCUUAGUAUGAACAUUUGGGAGGCAAGUGAGUGAUAUGACCCAUGGCUGCCUUUUUGUCCGGCAAAGCACGAGGAUGCUUUGGAGAAUGGAAGGAUUUCAUCGAGUCCAAAUGACACUCACCUCUGGGCCUCUCAGCCUCCUUGGCCAUGUGGUUGUUCUGCUACUGAGAGUCUGCAGAUGAGCUGGUGGUUUCUCCAAGCUUCCAAGAGCUCUCUCAGUUUCCAACGUGGCUAGAUCCGUCAGAGACUGAAGCCGUGGAGAACGCUCUCGGGGCCUUUGCCACUUCUUGGAGUAGAAGCCGACAGAGAGCUGUUUGGAAACGUCUUCUUCACACACCAGUUGAAGACUAGGCUUUGGAGGUUUUCAAAGCAGACUGUGCUUGGAAGGGCAGGGAGAAGUAACAUUCUGCAAAUCGCCGUCAGAGGUCCUGAGGACACAGACCUACCUGGCUUGCAUUCCCCUUGCUGAAUGGCGUGUGCUGCAGCUGCCCACUGAGAGCUCUUUUUCCUGGGAUUCUGGACUUGAGAGUAGGAGAGCAGGCUGGGAAGAUGCUGAGUUCCAUCAAGUGUGUGUUGGUGGGUGACUCUGCUGUGGGGAAAACCUCUCUGUUGGUGCGCUUCACCUCCGAGACCUUCCCGGAGGCCUACAAGCCCACAGUGUACGAGAACACGGGGGUGGACGUCUUCAUGGAUGGCAUCCAGAUCAGCCUGGGCCUCUGGGACACAGCCGGCAAUGAUGCUUUCAGAAGCAUACGGCCCCUGUCCUACCAGCAGGCAGACGUGGUGCUGAUGUGCUACUCUGUGGCCAACCAUAACUCAUUCCUGAACUUGAAGAACAAGUGGAUUGGUGAAAUCAGGAGCAACUUGCCCUGUACCCCUGUGCUGGUGGUGGCCACCCAGACUGACCAGCGGGAGAUGGGGCCCCAUAGGGCCUCCUGCAUCAAUGCCAUGGAAGGGAAGAAACUGGCCCAGGAUGUCAGAGCCAAGGGCUACCUGGAGUGCUCAGCCCUUAGCAAUCGGGGAGUACAGCAGGUGUUUGAGUGCGCCGUCCGAACUGCCGUCAACCAGGCCAGGAGACGAAACAGAAGGAGGCUCUUCUCCAUCAACGAGUGCAAGAUCUUCUAAACCCCAAAAGACUUCACACAACACUUAUGUAUGCGCCCCAAAGACUAAUGGGGAGAGGGAGGGCCGGGAAGCCAGGAAAGCUUGGUGUUUUCUCUGGGUACACCCCAAGCAGCGUCUCCUUUUGGAUACAGUUAUUGAUGAGGCUUGGCCACUGGAUGUUUUCACUAACUACACUCUACAAGUGAACUCCUUGCCCGGGCCAGUUAGAAAAUCCCUUGGGGAACUGUAAUGAAUAUUCCAUCUUUGAUUUAAAAAGUGAAAUAGUCUCCAUAAUUUUGGACGAUGAAGUGAGUUUUUCAAAGAAUUCCAUAUUUAAAGACACAUUUUAUUUAACUAAUAACAAAAUGUAUUGCUUUUGUAUAUAUUUAGUUUUCACACUUGGAAAAUCUUUUCCUACAUCCUCGAAAACAUAAACUCCUCUGUGAGUGAAAUGCUCGUACGAAGCUCUGCCAUAUGUUUGUAGUGUUAUUAUUUUCACCUCAAGUAGAAAGCCUGUUGAAACCACUUGGCUGCUGGAUUUAAAUGGGUAAUCAAAUUUAAAAAUGACCAUAAAUGAAUCUUUGCAACUUGUUUUCUACUUACCUGUUAUUCAGCGUUGGAUAUAAAAUAUAGUUCCAUAAGAUAUCCUAAUACUGCCUAAUGAUUUUAAAGUUAUCACUAUAUUUUUCUGAAAUGAUAAAACAUCAUUCAUUUAUUUAUUAUAUUGUCUUUCACUCAACUCCAGUUAUGCACUAAAUAUUCUCCUCUCAUUCACCAAGACUGAUUGAAACACCGUCUUUCAGGUAGAGAAUCAGACUGCUCCAAGCAAUGGCAACAGGACUUGGAACAGAAGCAAGAGAGUGUCACUUUCACUUCUGGUAGGGUGGUUCCCAGGCGACUGCAGGUCCUGUGAAAGACAGGGGGCUCAAAGUUCUGUUAAUUUCACAAAUUUGUUAUAAAUUUGUCUAAACUGAGCUGUUGUGGCAAUAUAAUUUAUGAAUUGUAAGGUCUGAUUAGGAUUAUUGGGGGGAUAUCUACAUAUAUAUGUGUAUGUAAGGGAAAAAAGGUAGAAUUUACAGUCUUCAAAAAAGAAAAAUCAAAUUCCAAGCACAGGAAAAAGAAAGCUAUAUAGCAACUGCUCAGAUAACAGAAAGUUAUCAGGGGAAAUACUGAAUAAAUAGACACACACAUACUCGCACACAACCUGCUCUCACACAUACAACUCAAACCCCAUUCUAUCGAAUAGUUUAAAAGCAAUGGUGUUGCUCAUCUGUUAAAGUUGAGAAUAGAGGACUACAUAACUUAAGGUAGAAAUUGCAAAGGCUGGGUUGGGCAGGGUGCGGUGGCUCACGCCUAUAAUCCCAGCACUUUGGGAGGCUGAGAUGGGUGGAUCAUGAGGUCAGAAGUUCAAGACCAGCCUGGCCAACAUGGUGAAACCCCGUCUCUUCUAAAUAUACAAAAAUUAGCUGGGUGUGGUGGGACAUGCCUGUAGUUCUAUCUACUCAAGAGGCUGAGGCAGAAGAAUUGCCCGAACCUGGGAGGUGGAGGUUGCAGUGAGCUGAGAUUGCGCCACUGCACUCCAGCCUGGGCAACAGAGGGAGACUCCAUCUCAAAAAAAAAAAGAAAGAAAGAAAGAAAGAAAUUGCAAAGACUGGCACCUAGAUAGAUCAAUCAAUUACUGCCCUAAUCAAAACUUGGAAACACUCUGAACCACCUUUAUGAAGGUACAUCAUUGUUAUGGGGUAACGUGACUAUUACACACAAAAGGUAAGGCGGCUGGCAUAAAUGACUUUGAUUAGAAUUAUGUUGACAUAGCCAAAUCAGUUUCUCUGUUUCCUUGUGUAGUCAAUUCCUUAUAGCUAGAAUCAGUAUCAAAAACCAAAUGUGUGCUCAUUCACACAUUGCUUUCUCCUUCUCUCUCUCCUCCUAUCCACAGCCAGUAAAAGGCCUGGGACCAGGGUCUUGAUCUCUGGUGGGAGGAUUGCCUCGGUUCCCUGGGGCUGACACAGCUGCCUUCACCCAGACUUCUCAGCUCUCCAGGCCGUGGCUUGUACUCACCUCUAAGUCACCCGCCUCCCUUGACUGGAGAGCCCCUGUCUCUAGUUCUCAGCUCAGGGUUGGGGGGCUUGAAAGAUGACCAGGCAGGGGAGGGGAAGGGAUCUCAUAUCCCCUGAUAUCCCUGGGAUUCUCUUCUUCUCCCUCAACACACAGAGUCUUAAGUCACGAAUGCGGGUGUUCAGGGCCAGCCUUUGUGGUGAGAAGUAUUUAACAUGUCAGUGGGAAGGAAUUUCUAUUCACUGCAGUGGGCUGUCCCCCAGGCUUUUCUUUCUCUCUUGUUGAAGAGAGAUGGGGGUGGGUAUCUGAAAGUGGGAAGGGCCACCGUACAUGAUCCUAAGUGAGGGAAGAGGAGGUGGUUCCACAGUGGCAGCAGAGCAGGAAGGGAAGGCCAGAGAGGGCACACUCAAAUGGCUUUGCUGUCAACUGGGCAAGGACACACAGGUGAGACCUCCACCUGUUGGCUGGAGCCAAGCUUAACAGCUCCCUCUGGGAACCCUCACACCUGAGACCAGGAAUCUAUGUGUAAACCCUUUCCAGUGGCGGAAUCUGGAAGAAAUGGAACCAAUAAGUGUCUGUCUUCCUGCUAGACUGCUGUUCUUGAAGGUAGUACUGCCUCCUGGUCUCCUCAGUGUCCCCAGGGCUCAGCACAGGGAAGGCAAUGGAGCUAAAGUUGUGUUGAAUUGAAAUGGAGAGAAAGACAGUAAUUGGGCUUCUGUGCCACACAGUGGUUAUAGAAAGGAAGCAGACCCUCACCAGCCUUGCAGGGGUAAGAAGAAAAAUAGGUCAUAUGGGUAGAAUCCAUGUGUUGUGUGUUCUACAUGAGCACAUACUUACUUUUGUCUACCUAGAUGCAGACACAGUUUUCUUAGACUUUAAAAUUUGUGGUACCUUUUGUAGACUAUUGUAUAUCAAUUCUUAACUAUUCCAAGUAGCAGCAUUAAAUAUGUUCUUGAUGACAUUAAAGAGUUAAUUUUCAUGGUCAGGUAACUCAUUCUUGUCUCUGUCAGCCUGGGCUGCUAUAGUGGAAAACCAUAGACUAGGGGGCUUCAACAACAGAAAUUUCUCUCUCACAGUUCUGGAGGCUGGGAAGUCCAAGGCCAGGGACAGCAUGGUUGGGUUCUGGUGAGACCCCUCUGCCUGGUUUGCGAUGGGUGUCUUCUUGCUGUGUUCUCACAUGGUAGAGCAAGAGAUCAUCUUUCUGGUGUUUCUUCUUCUAAGGACAAUAAUCCCAUUCAUGAGGGCUCAACCCUCAUGAUCUAAUACCUCCCAAAGUCCUCACCUUCAAAUACCAUCACACUGUGGAUUAGGCCUCAACAUUUCGAGAUUUGUGGGGACACAAACAUUCCAUCCAUAGCAAUUCUAUUCUGUCUUACUUUACACUGACUAGUUAACUGGGCAGCAGAAUCCAGUGCGGUGAGUGACAAGAAAGCUAGAAGCAUCCUGAUUAAGUUUGUUCAGUGCUUCAGAUGUGCUGUGCCGGCCACCGAGUGAAGCAUUCUUUUGCCACAUGUGUGUAGGCCCACAUUAUACUGAGUCCCAUCUUACAUGAGGAAACUGAGGCUCAGCAUGUUGAUGUGACAAGGCCAAGCCCAUGCAGCAGGUGAGUGGCUGCCCCAGGAGUCUCAAGUGGGUCUGCUCAAAACCACCCUGCCUCACUUCCUCCCAGAGCAGCUUGACUGAAUGGCUUUGCCACAUCCGACCUCAUGUAGCUUGCAGCUCCACCCCUGUCAGUCAA